AUGCCUCGCGCACUCUUUCACAGUCACCUUCCAGUCACCACCUCCGACCACCAUCCCACAGCCACCGACAACCACCAGUACUCCAAGUCGGUGAAGACCAAAAAGCCCCCAACUUUAUCACUCUCACCGCACACUCCCCUGCCUAUUUUCGUCAUUUCGGCCAUCUGCCUCCUCAUAGGUGUCGCCGGAGUUAUAUUCUUUUUCCUCGCGGUCCUCCGCCCCAGACCCACCCCCGUCUUCCGCUGCGGGCGCAUCGAGGACACCUUUCGUGCAUUCUACUCAGGCCAACUUGGUGGCGCAACCGCCGGAGACUCCGGGGUCCCUGACCGGCCAAAAGUUCAUGGAUUUGUCGGAAUCCAAACCGGGUUCUCCUCCGGAGAUCGCCGCAAGGCUUUGAGGAGUACUUGGUUCCCCUCUGAUCCCGAGAAUCUUCUCAGGUUGGAGCAGGCUACUGGUCUGGCCUUUAGAUUUGUAAUUGGACGGUCUAAAGAUGCGAAGAAGAUGGAAAAUCUUGAGAAAGAAAUUGAGAAGUACAAGGAUUUUAUGAUUAUAGAUGUUGAGGAAGAAUACUCAAAACUUCCAUACAAGACGUUGGCAUUUUUUAAAGCUGCCUUUGAGCUGUUUGAAGCAGAUUAUUAUGUUAAAGCUGAUGAUGACAUUUAUUUGCGCCCUGAUCGACUAGCAACUCUUCUGGCAAAAGAGAGAACCGAUCCAAGGACAUACAUUGGCUGUAUGAAGAAAGGACCAGUAAUUACUGACCCAAAAAUGAAGUGGUAUGAGAAAUCUGGACAUCUAAUCGGAAAUGAAUACUUCUUACAUGCUUAUGGUCCUAUCUAUGUUCUUUCUGCAGAGGUGGUGUCAUCACUGGCUAUUGCUAGGAACAACAGCUUGAGAAUGUUCAACAACGAAGACGUCACAAUUGGAUCUUGGAUGCUUGCUAUGAAUGUCCAUCACGAAAAUAACAGGGCGCUAUGUGAUCCUCGCUGCACGCCCACAUCUAUUGCAGUUUGGGACAUACCAAAGUGUUCAGGUUUAUGCAAUCCGGCUAAGAAGAUGAUGGAACUUCAAAAGAUCGAUAUGUGUUCCAAGAGCCCUACACUGCCACCUGAUGAUAGGUAG